GUUGAUGGAGCGGCGCCUGGAAGCGACGGGCCCCUUGAUCGCUAGCCAGGGUGCGUCGGAUGGCCCGGAGUCUGAGGCCGAUUUUCUUCAGAGCGCCAUAUUGGGCGCCCAGGAGGCCGGGGUGCCUGUGGACACAGCCGCUGUUGUCACCUGGGUCACACGGCGCAUUUCUGCGCUGGUUGCUGCCAAGGCAUGGGCAGACCUUGCAGCGCUCGUCCGGAAUUUGAAGCAGGAUGAGUUCACGUCUGGUCUGCCAGGGACGUCAGCCACAGAGCUCGUGUAUCGGAGCAUCCGCGCCUGCUCUGAAGAAGUUCUGCGUCUGCCGCUUGCAGCAGCAGCAGCAAAAGCAGACAGCGCAGAUGCUCAGGAUGAAGAGUUGGUGGAACGACUCACUGUUGUGGUGAACUACGUCGCCCUGCUCGAGCCGACAGAGUUUGAGGACGAGGGGCUUCGACAAACGUUGGCCGACCUCUCCCAGAUGUCCAGCAUGCUCGAGUUGUUGCAGCAGCCUGGGACGUGCAGUGAAGACCUGGUGGAGAAG